AUGGUAUCCCCAACAACGAAAACCUCUCCUACCCCAAAAGCCCCAUAUCAUCAUGCUAUACCUAGGUUUAUCUUGCGUCGAUUUGCACAUGGUCCUAAAAAGUCGAAAGCUCAACGCAAUAAAGAAUUCCGUCAAACUGGUGUUGAUUCUAAUUAUGUCUGGUUCUACGACAUUGCAACGGGAGCACUCACUUCUCAAUCGGUGGGGUCGAUCUAUGGUGUACCGGACUUGUAUGCCGAUAGUCAUGCGGUGAACCCUCAGGAGCUAGAAAAAAAGUUCUCGUUCCUUGAGAGAGAUGCCGCGAAGAUUAUCGAAACUAUCCAUACUGCGGAAGUCGGUAACUCUAGUUCCAGAGAAGUUACGAUGAAGAGGGAGGACCUGGAAACGUUGCGAAAGUUUCUAUUUCUCCAGCACUACAGAGCAGCCCGGAUGUCUAUGUCUUAUUUUGACGAAGGACGUCCGGAAAACGCCCCUGUGCGGGACUGGAUUGACAAAUACAAGGACACUCACCAUUUAGAUAGUAGUAACGAUCUAUGGUUGCAUGUCUUGCGAUACUAUUUGGACACACCAGCCUAUCUCAUUCAGAAGCAUGCUCUCGACAUGUACGACAAGUAUGGCUUCAUCGAGGUUCAUCUGAUGAUGCAACACAGAGUCGAUCCAAAUAUAGAGCACUUUCCCGCCUUGGCCUAUCAGAAUCAAGCUGGUAUGUAUUUUCUUUGCAUCUGGGAAGCAGCGGAUGGAGAUGAAUUCAUCUUGUCCAAUGAUGGGUUUGGGCUUUGGGAGGGUACGAUCAAUGGAGAACCUUGUGCCCAUCGUCUCUUCGUUAUCAGCCCUCGUACCGCAAUCGUUUUGCGAAGUAAUUUCCUGCGACCGGGAUUGGCAUCAACGGACUCUCUCUUCGUACACAGUGACUUUGCGGAUAUCAAUCCUCCGGUUCCGAUCUCGAAUCCCCUCGAUUUAUCGGACCUUGAACUUAAAACGAGGAGCGACUCACUGAUGGCUUCUCGUACUCGCGAGGACGUCUUCCGAUUACCAGUGUUCAAGCUAAGCAACAAACACACUCAGGCAAUGAAUUCGGUUGUUUUUACGAACGCUCACAAGGACGGCUCUAUCACAUUCCUAUCUCGAGAAUACAUGUCGCGAACUCUUCAAGCGCACUGC